CGUUCGUCUGACGUCAAGGCGGUCUGUGCUUUGACCCGUUGGAUCAUUUGUAGCAAAGAGAGGCGGCACACCGGAAAGCUAACGGGUAGCAGAACUCCAUCGGAAAUAGAAGCCUGAGUUUGAAAUCUGUGUGGCAUAUCGACCUGUAGAUUCAAUCUCCAGAACAUUAAUAGGUGCCUGCGCAGGGACUUCCGCGGCAACGAGGCCUUGGAAACACCUACAGAAGCGAGCGAAAGGAGCGUUUUGGUCCCGUCAACUGGGCUAACAGAAGCUAACUUGGGCCCUAGCUGCUGCUAGCAGUGGAGCUCAAUUCCCGCAAGCAAAAGCAAAACAAGGAAUGAGUGAUGAACUCUGUGGUGGUGUCAGAUGGAGGAGGAAACAUAGUGGAGUACGUCACUGUGGUUGAAGAGUCACAGCAGCAGGCUGCUGAGGAGGAUGAGGAGGUGGUGCAGCAGGAUGGAGAGGCUGUGAUCAUGGUGGAAGAGGAGGAGGAGGAGGAAGAGGAAGGGGUGGUGCUGCAAGAAGAGGAGGGUUCUCCGGCCGUCAUCGUGGAGGAGGUGCCCAGUGCUCAGGUGGAGGAGUGCUACUCGGCCCAGGUCCUGGUGUACGAUGACGGGACGUACCUGAUGCAGGACGUGGCUGAGGAGCAGGAGGUGGUGACGGAGGCGGCUGAGUCCGUGGAGAUGUCAGGCCACGACAUGGUGUGCUUUGACAAAACCUUUGAGGCAGCUGAAGCUCUGCUGCAUAUGGAAUCACCUGGAGGCCUUCACAAUGACCGCAGCACAGCAGAGGAUGUGAUGAUGGAGACAGUGGUGGAGGUUUCUACUGAGUGUGGGCCCAUUGAAGAGGACUCCUUCCCCAUCCCUCCUGAAUGUGAGCCUGCAGCCAAGAAGAAGAGAGGAGGUGGACGUAAGCCCAAAACGCAGCAGCCUGCCUCCAACGGCUCCUAUGACCUAGGGAUCAAGAAGAGGCCGAGGGAAGGAAAAGGAAACACCACAUAUCUGUGGGAGUUCCUGCUGGAGCUGCUGCAGGAUAAAAACACCUGUCCCAGGUACAUCAAGUGGAUGCAGAGAGACAAAGGCAUCUUCAAGCUGGUGGACUCGAAAGCUGUGUCCAGGCUGUGGGGGAAGCACAAGAACAAGCCUGACAUGAACUAUGAGACCAUGGGCCGCGCCUUGAGGUAUUACUACCAGCGAGGGAUCCUUGCAAAGGUCGAGGGUCAGCGACUUGCUUACCAGUUUAAAGAAAUGCCCAAAAACAUCCGUGUGAUCGAUGACGAUGAGGGAGGCAUGGACAUAAAGAUGGAGGACAGCGAGGUCAUUGUGUCCGGCCAGCUCCCGGUUCACCAGCAGAGCCCUGCCAGCCUAAGCACCCCUGUCAACACCCAGCCCCAGCAGACCUACGUCACUGUCAUCCCCAGCAACGCCUCCACCAGGCCCAUCCGAGCCAUGCCACUGGUCAUGACCAACUCUCUAGGCCAGGUGACGCUAAAUUCCUCCCCCAUCCUCACCACCACAGGCGUCCCAGUGACCGUAGCAAAGGCCUCCACCAGCGCUCCCCCCAAGCUGGUGAUCCAGGCGCUGCCCACCAUGCUGCCCGCUGGCUCCAAGGCCGGAGAAAAGAUCACCAUCAUCACCAUCCCAGCCAACCAGCUGGCCACGCUAAUGCAGACUAACCCCCCAGGCCAGGUGGCUCAGAUCAUCCAGGCCAAGCCGGUGGCCACCCAGCUGCCUCCAGCCGCCAUCAAGCCGGCCACCAUCCAGCUGGCGCCCGGCCGGACCGCGCCGCAGCUCAUUCUGGCCAAACCGGCCGCAGUCGCCCAGGCUCUGCCGCAGCUCCCGUUGCAAGUGGGCCAGCCUUGCCCUGCAACCCCCACCAUCCCCACACAUCAGCACCCCCAGCCCCAAGCAGCACAAUCAGAGGGGGCGGAACCUCCGCCCCUCUCCAGCCCAGCAGCAGCAGAGGCAUCGUCCUGAAAACCUGACCUGAACUGGGGGGGGGGGGUUGGCGAUGGAGUGGUGGUACUGCAGGAAGUGACUGUAGACUCUGCUCAGGAAAUGAAGGACAUGUCCUCUCUCUACACCUUCAGAUGAGAGCUGCUUUAUGAUUGGCUGUUAUCACAGCCAAUCAUAAAGCUCCCCCCAGAGGAUCAAAGGGACGAAU